GUUUUUCCCUUUAGAGUAUUGCAGUACAACAUGGCGGACUUCACAACGUGCGAAACCGAAAGAAUCGUAAUUUAGUAAACAAGAUUCACGAGAAUGGCUGAAGAAAAGCCACUUAGUAAGCAAACCAAGAAAAAGGGGUUUGAUUUUUGGAGGAACACUCUAAAAUCGGCGAGAUAUGUAGUGGCUCCGAUGGUGGAUCAGUCGGAGUUAGCAUGGAGAAUGUUGAGUCGUCGGUACGGAGCGGAGCUUUGUUAUACGCCAAUGUUUCACGCCGGUAUGUUUAUACGAGACCCAAUCUAUCGCAGCGAGAUGAUGCAGACGUGCGUGGGAGAUAGGCCGCUUAUUGUACAGUUCUGUGCAAAUGACCCUGAGGUAUUUGUGCAAGCAGCUCUUCUUGUUGAGUCUGAGUGUGAUGGAGUUGAUCUUAACUUGGGAUGCCCUCAGCACAUUGCAAAGAGAGGACAUUAUGGAGCCUUCCUGCAAGAUGAGUGGGAAUUGUUAGAAAAAAUGGUGAAGCUUGCACAUGAGAAACUGUCCGUGCCAAUUACUUGCAAGAUCCGUGUGUUUGAUGAUGUUCAGAAGACUAUAGCAUAUGCCAAGAUGCUGGAAUCUGCUGGUUGUCAGCUGCUUACUGUGCAUGGACGGACACGUGAGCAGAAAAGGGAGCUAACUGGGCUCGCAGACUGGGACCAGAUCAAAGCAGUCAGGGAAAAUCUUAACAUUCCAGUAUUUGCUAAUGGGAACAUUCAAUACCUCUCUGAUGUUACACGCUGUCUUGAGUAUACAGGCUGUAAUGGUGUCAUGACCGCAGAGGGUAAUCUCUCUAACCCAGCACUAUUCACUGGGAGUCAGCCGUAUGUCUGGUCCAUGGCUAACGAGUAUCUUGAGCUGGCAACCAAACACAAGGCUUCCCUGUCUGCUGUUAGAGCUCAUUUGUUUAGGCUUUGGCAUAAAAGCCUCAAUAUGCAUACUGACAUAAGGACACAAAUGGGUGAGGCCAAAAGUAUAGAUGAUGUGAGGAGAUGUUCUGAAACGCUGGAACGCAGGGUCAAGGAAGAUAUGGAAACAAACAAGACCCCAGAGACAGAGUGUGGUUUGGCAUAUUGGUGCUGUCAGCCAUAUGUCAGAAAUCACAAUAACUCAAGAAAGAGACCAUUCAGUGAUGAGAAUGGUGUUAGUAAACAAUCUGAUGAAGAAGUGACAAAGAAAAUAAGUAAUCGGCAAAAAAAGAAAGCUUUAAAAAGACAGAAGAAAGAAGCACAAGGUUCAAGAGUAUGGGUGUUUUGCACUUCUGAGAAAUGUGAAAACCCUGGAGGACAAAAGUGUGUGAGUAGCUUAUGUCGAGAGUGCUGUCGCCAGAAGAGUUCUACAGAGACCCUUGAUUGCCCAGCGCACAGAUUGUGGUUUAAAAAGAAGUCAAUACCAAGAGAUGCUCAAGUGUCUGAUGAGCUCCAAAAGACUGUUCCAUCAACAGACAAUAAGCAAGAAGAGUCUGCCAUCGAAGCAGACUAUUGACAAAGGCUUUUUGCCAACUCUCUUAUAUUGUAGAGGGUUGUUGUUGUACAGUGCAACCCUUGGGUCAUAACAGGGUGCGGGUCAGACUCUGAUGUACCUUUGUUUCCAUAGGGGGAGGGGGUGGGGGGGCAUUUAUUGGAGGGGGGUCAUACAAGCUCGCAUUUUAAAGAAUGUCAAUCAACCACCUUUUAUUAUUGUUUACAAUUGAAAAUACAGCGGAUCGUUUGCAAAAAAACUUCAAAAUACGUAUCUGCGAUUGAGGUCUGAUACUUUAUUAAUGAUAAUUCAUUGAAAGUUUCUCAGUUACUUGCUUGAAUUAGUCCGCGAUGGCAAUUGAUUAUUUUAGUCACACGGUAUUGUAUGGUAUUAUCUUUAAGCAUUAUUUACACCAUUAGAUGUCUCACUGUAUUUGUAAAUAUUCUGCCUGAAAUUAGUUGUUGAACACAACACAACUGUUUAUAAACAAUAAAUUACCCAUGCUAUCUA